AUGACAUUGCCCAUUCACAACAAAUACUUUGGAAACACUCCAAAGGAUGUUUGGUCGUUGAUCAACGAAACUGCUGCUGCUGCUGAGCAAGAAACUGGUAAAAAAGUCAUCAACUUGGGUCAAGGCUUUUUCUCUUACUCUCCUCCAGAGUUUGCAAUCAAAGCUGCUCAAGAGGCCUUGCUCGACCCCAUGGCAAACCAAUACUCUCACACCAAGGGAAGACCUGUUUUAUUAAAUAGUUUGUCCAAAUACUAUUCCAAAAAAUUUAAUAGAAAUGUUCCUAUUGACGAAAUUUUGGUUACUGCUGGGGCAAACGAGGGAAUGCUAACAGCUUUUACAGGCUUUUUGAACCCUGGAGAUGAAGUUAUAGUAUUUGAGCCUUUCUUUGACCAAUAUAUUUCAAAUAUUGAGAUGCCAGGCGGCAAAGUUGUCUAUGUUCCUUUACAUCCACCGGAAAGUUUUAAAGACAAAACAAUUGACGGUUCAGACUGGAAAAUUGACUAUGAUCAAUUGGAGAAGGCCAUCACCAAAAAGACAAAAAUGAUUGUAGUCAAUACCCCUCAAAAUCCGGUGGGCAAAGUGUUUACUGAAGAGGAAUUGACUAAAAUAGGAAAUUUGGCUGUGAAAUACAAUAUAAUCAUCUUAUCUGAUGAGGUUUACGAAAAUUUAUACUAUGGUGAUAAUUUCCCAAGAUUCGCAACUUUGACUCCAGAAAUUGCAAAGCAAACAAUUACAGUAGGCUCCGCUGGAAAAUCCUUUGCUGCAACAGGCUGGAGAAUUGGCUGGUUGAUUGCUGAUCCUUAUUAUAUUAAAUAUUGUGGUUUGGCUCAUACCAGAAUCUGUUUUACUACCAAUAGUCCCUUGCAAGUCGCUGUCUCAAAAGCUAUAGAUUAUGCUUCAAAUUCUGAUUAUUUUGAAAAAACCAGAUCUGAAUUUAAGAAGAAAUAUGAAAUUUUUACCAAAGUUUUUGAUGAUUUAGGUUUACCUUAUACAAGAGCUGAAGGAUCAUAUUAUAUCUUGGUCAAUUUCAAUAAAGUAAAAAUUCCAAGUGAUUACAAGUUCCCAGAGGAAUUAUCAGACAAAGCCAAGGACUUCAAAGCUGCAUACUGGUUGAUCAGAGAAAUUGGUGUUGUUGCUAUCCCACCAACGGAAUUUUAUAUAAAAGAGCAUGAACAUGUUGCUGAAGACUGUUUGAGGUUUGCUGUCUGUAAAGAAGACUGUGUUUUAGAACAAGCAGUUGAAAGACUAAAAAAAUUGGCAGAAUACCUUUAA